AUGAGGGUCCCUCCGCGCUCCGCGCCCGCGCUGCUGUUUUACGCCCUCGUCUUGCUCCGCCUGGACUGUGCACACGCCCGGGCACCCACCUGGGCACCGACCUGGGCACCCCCCCGCGCCCCGCCGCGCUGUCCCGCGCUGAUGCUGCAGCUGCUCCGCGCCCCCCCCGCCCCGCUCCGCGCCGCCGCCGCUGCUGCCUUCAGCAUCUCCCCGCACGUCUCCCUGCAGAACGGCUCCCGCUGGGCGCUCGCCUUCGACAUGUCCUCCCUCUCCAGCGGCCAGGAGGUGAGUCUCGCCCAGCUCCGUGUCCACCUGCCAGGCUUCUCCGCAGCCCACAUCUCCCUCGACAUCUACCACAGCCGGCGGCAGAGGUGCCGAGGCGAUGGGACCUGCUCGCACCAGCUCUUCCUGGGCACCGUGGCUGGCAGCUCCUCUUCCACCCAGAACUCCUGGAAAGUCUUUGAGGUCACCAACCUGCUGCGGUCCUGGCUCCACCAAGCCGUGGGCCCUGGGCUGCAUCCUCCCACGGGAAGGGAGCCGUGGGAGCUGAGUGGAUCGGCUGCCGCGGCCACCACCACCGUGCACUCACCCACCCCAAGUGAGGCUGGCUCCGAGCAGCCAGCCCAGCCCCAGGACAUGACAGACAGAGUCCUGCUGCUCGUCUUCUCCACGGACAAGUCUCCAGGAGACCACAGCCUCAUCAAGACGGCAGAGACCUCCAAGCACGUCAUGCGCGACAGCAGCUCCCCGGGCACGGGGACUCGCCGGCACCGCAGGAACAAGAAGGAGAAGCAGAGGAUCAGAGCGAGCAAUGCCACCGCUGCCGUCUCGGGGGAGGAGGGCAGGUCCCUCUGCAGGAGGGUGGACAUGAUGGUGGACUUCGAACAGACCGGCUGGGGCAGCUGGAUUGUCUACCCCAAAAAGUACAAUGCCUACCGGUGCGAAGGGCAGUGCCCAUCACCCGUGGACGAGACCUUCAAGCCCACCAACCACGCCUACAUACAGAGUUUGCUGCAGCUCUACAAGCCCAACCAUGUGCCCUGCCCCGCCUGCUCCCCGGUCAGGAUGAGUCCCCUCUCCAUGCUCUACUACGAGAAGGGUGAGAUCGUCGUCCGCCACCACGAGGACAUGAUCAUCGAGGAGUGUGGCUGCAACUGAGGCCAGCUCAGCCCUGCUGGGAAGGGACACAUCCGUGCCCAGAAGCUGCCCCCGAGGACUGGCUGCCCCCUCACGCCCAGCGCGGGCUGCCUCCGAAGCCCCCGCGGGUUGGCAAAGCUCCGCCUGUGCCAGGGGCAGCAGUGGGGUGCCCGUCGGGUCCUGCAGCACUACACGGCCACGGUGCACGGGCAGAUCCAGGCUCUGCGUGACGAAGGCCGUCGGACCUCUCUCCCUGGUGGCAGCACCGAGGCAGGGGGUGCCCAAGGGCUGCGUUUACCUGGGCGGCACGGCGCUGGCAGCCGGCGUGUGCCCGGGCAGCUGAGGGCUGGUGCUGCCUGGCAGAGCCGAGGCCCAGGGCUGGAGCUGUGGCAGUGCUGCUUCCUGUCACGAGAUGCUGCCCACGGACCCCACAGGGCUCGCUGGUGGCCAGGGGCUCUUGGCAGGGCACUGCUUUGGGUCUCCCUGAGGUUCAGGCAUUUCUCUUCAGACCUCUGCUCCAUGGCAAUUAAAACUCUGGCAGGUCUCUAUGCUAAUUAACCCAGACUGAGCUGUUAGACCCAUUUCUGGAGCUCCCACCCGCAGCACCAUGUGGGAGGGGGUUUGUCACAGCCCUCUCCUGCCCUGGGCAUCACCCCGGGAGGGAUGGAGCCAGGGCAGCUGGCUGGCAGCAGGCCAGAAGGCAGUGACCUCCACCGUACACCCUCCAUGCCCAGGACCACACAGGGAGAGCUGCAAAGGAUGGAUCUGAGGCUCCUGCAUCCCUCUCCAAAGCAUCAUCCUUCACCAGGAGCCAGAGAGGGUUGGCACAGGUCACAAGGUGCCCCUGGCACUUGGGUAGCCCCAUGGCUGGUUUCAGUGCCCUCCCAGGCCUCCCACAAGCCCUGAACAUCUCAGCUCAGACCAUUUUCCUCUGUAAAAGCACAGCUUGGCUCAGACCUUUUCCACCGCUGGCACUGAGAGGGUCUGGGCUGUAAAAUGCAUCAAUAAA